GGCACCACAGUUACGGCAUUUACAUCUUCAUUGGCCGGAUCACUGUCCGCUGCUCAAUCGAAGGACUGUGCGGCAAUUGUAUCGUCCUGUCCAUUUGCACAGACUGGUGAGCUCACGCAGUCCUCCCAGGAGACUUCCUACUGAUACCAACCAGCAUGCGUAUCGGACUGGUGCAAUUACUCUUGUAACGACCAGGGCAGCUGUUGUAAACAGGCCAACCCACAAUCCUGUCUCGUCGCAGCCAAUCUCCAAGACCCCUGUUUCAACAUGGAGAACUCAGUUAUCCUCUGUACAGCAACAGCAGAUGCCGAUUGCCUCUGCUACGAUAGCGCAGGAAACUACAAUCCGUCCAGCUUUGACAAUAUGGUACAGAGCUGCAGCCAGCUUGCAGUGACAGCGUCACCAAGUCUCUUGAGUUUGUUGACAGGUUCUAGCGGCUCGUUGGGUUACUGCACCAAAAUCGCGGGGCCGAAACAUAGUCCAGCGGCUACCAGUAGUGGCUCAACAGCAUCUGCGACAAGUAAUCCGAUUCCCACACCUGCGCAGACAGGUGGGAAGAGCUCGGUGUCACCGACUUUAACUGUGAGCCAAGCUGCAGACAAAAAGAGAAAGGUGGCUCAUCACAUGACAGGCAUCAGCGACAUCGAAAUCUGGGGCACUUCCCUUGCUUCAGGUGAGUGAUUGUAUCACCAACCUAUCAGGCAUCUGCUGAGACAUCGCGACUGACAUCUACUAUGAGUAGGCGCCUCCCAUAUGUUUGAUAUUGAUUUGGGUACUGGCGAUGGUGUGGUCUC